CUUUUUUUUGGCCCUUUCCCUUUCGGAAUCUAGGCACUCUCCGUUGGUCGUGGGUUUUCCCCUCUCUUAUGAUAUUUAUUUCCUUUUCUUUUCUUUUUUCCCCCAGGCCCGUGAAUUUUUUCGGCGUUCUCGACUCCGUUCCCUCCCGACCCCCCAAUUCGCCUUCCCGGUCCGCAGCCCCGACUCUUCUGACUUUCCCCCACACUCCGCCCAUUCCCAUUCCCGCUUGGGCUCCCCUUCCCUCUCCUCCUACACUCCUACACUCCCACACUCCUCCUUCUACACUCCCUCCGGCUUCAUCGCGGUUUCCAUUGGCAGUGCUGCGCACGAUUUGCUCAUCAUCCUCCGAGCACGCCCGCCUGAGAACUAACCCGCCGAACCGGGCAAACACGAGACUCGUACAACUUCCCUCUCCCUCCUCACUUCUCACUCCCCAUCCAAACCACCCCUCAUUCCUGGCUUCCCCCUCCGGAUUCUCAACGCAGGUAGAUGGGCCUUCGCAAACCACCUGCAGUAUAUAAACUCGAGCCUUCUCGCCCUACCCCAGACCCGUGGGUCUGCGAAAUCCACAGCCAUGCGAUCCAGCAUCGCCUGCGCCCGGUGCCGGCGCAGUAAGAUCAAGUGCGUCAAUGCCGGCAUCGACACCACCUGCCGUGCUUGCGAAUCCUCCGGCCGCGAAUGCGUCUAUCCCACCCCGGCGAUUGGCGUGACCGGAAAACGUGAUCUAGCAACUCUCGCAGAAGGAGAGGAUCGGAAUGGUGAUUGGGAUGGUCCGAAACGCUCGCGCCCGCGCAAGUCUAUCGGCAUGUCUGGCGCAUCCCCCGGUUCCAAGGCGGGCCUGGAUGCCUUGGACUCGUCCCUUCUUACCACCAAGGUCUGGGAGGCGGUCUUUGACCUCUUCCAGUCACAUUUCGCGACCCUUUUGCCCUUCCUACAUCCUGCGACUUUCCUCGGCCAGAUCCGACUUCUCUCCACACCUCCUGUCCCCCCAUCAGUGGCUCCGUUAGAUGGCCAGGAUGCAGCACAUAACUCGGCCCUCAAGACCGACUCGUCAUCGUCGUUGAUUCCCCUCGGAGUCCUGGCGCUCACGGCUCGUUUCCACCCUCCCCUCGUGGCCUUUCACUCGCCGGCUUCCCCCGGCCACGCUUCCAAUCCUCUCGCCGCAUCCGAAUUCUAUGCGACAGCUUUGCGCAGCCGGCUGGCCGGCCUGGAUGGCGCAAGCCUCGCAGUACCCGAUUUGGCUCGGGUACAAGCUCUGUUGAUGCUGGCGCUACACGAAUGGGGGGUGUGCCGUGGAAAGAGCGCCUGGGUGUACGUGGGCAUGGCCAUUCGACUUGCACAAGCCAUGGGUCUCCCGUUUGAAUUAGAGAACGAAUUUCCGACGCGCGAGGCUUCUCGCUCAUCGCCCGGCUUCAAGACCGAGGCGGAUCAUUUCGGCCUCGCCCGCCGCGUGGAGCCCAAGGAACUUGCCUCCGACGAUAUCAUCGCACAGGAGACGAAGCGGAGGACAUUCUGGGCUUGCUUCCUAUUGGACCGGUGCCUGAGCAGCGGAAAGUAUCGGCCUCGAAUGAUCCGGGUGAAGGAGCUCGGAAUUCAGCUUCCGAGUGACAAUGCUUUUGCUUUCGGCGAGCGCGUACGGACGGCCCGUUUGAAUGAGCCGACGACACGCCGUCCCCAGAGUUUCGGUUCCCAGGGGGUGCAAAUUCCCAGUAUUCGACAGAGUAUUGGCGGGUUCGGUGAUGAGAAGCUUCAGACGGCUAACGGGAAUGCGGACGGCAAGGCCUGGUCACCAAUCUCGCGACGUAAGGACUCAAGUGAAGACGACGUUGAUCGUUGGGAGGUUGGCGCGGAAGAGUCGGUACUCAGCCGAGUGAUUCGCAUCAUUCGAAUCUGGGGAAGCAUUGCCAAGUGGUCCUGUGCGGGCGGGCGACGAACCGAGCAGUACCCGCCCUGGCACCCCGAAUCCCGCUUCGCAUCCUUGCGUAUGCAACUGAAUGAGUUCCAAGACAGCCUCUCCCGCAACCUGCAAUAUUCUCUACGAAAUACCGAUACCCACAUCAUGUAUAAGACAACUCUGGCUUCUUAUACCGUGAUGCACGUCGUCUACUUCCUGUCUGUCAUCGUCUUGCAUCGGGCUUACAUCCCAUUCCUGCCACUCCGCUGCAAUGAGCCCGUCGGCCCACUAGAUGAGCCACUGUUCCCCUCUGAUAAAGUCAGCGGUCCCCCCGAGGCGUUUUGGCGUGAUAGUGCUCGCGAGCUGUUCAAGGCCGCGCGCCAAAUGAUCGACCUCGUGGUCACCUGCCAGGCCCGGGGAGCCCUCGUGGAGAGCCCGCUGGUCGGCUUUGCGAUUUACAAUGCUGCCUUCAUCGGUGUGUACGGUAACCACUUUCCUCACAUGGAUCCCGAUGGUCUGCUGGGUGUCCGGUCACCUCCCCCGAGCCACGACAGCCACCAGCCCGGGGCUGCUCAAGCUCGCAAGGCCCUUGAUAUUUUGCGUGAAAUGCGACCUCGUCUGAGGAUGGCCACCGGCUGGUUCCGCACCCUCAAUCGUCUGCACAGCUACUUUUCCAAAGUCAAGCGUGACUUCCGACGGUACUCUCGCAAUCGCCUGGACAGCAUGUCUGAUGCAUCCGAUCACGGUGCCGCCAAUGGUAUUCGACCCGUUCGUGAAGGUGGAUCUGGUGGCGGUCUCGAAGAGUUCAAGCUCCUGGAGAAGCUGUUCCUCGACUUUGGUUCCAUCGAAGAUCAGCUGUCAGAGUCCCUUGAUGACGACGGCACUGCGAUUGCCGUGACCGGUGAGCCGAUGCCCGAGCGCGCCAUGAACCUCAGCGAUGCCGGUAGCAAUGCUGUCAAGAGCGACCUUGAUGGUAGCGAGAUCUUUGAGGGUGCUAGUGGUCGUCGCGAAUCGUGGGUCCCCAUCAACAGCCCCGGUCUGCCUCCUCCGGGCCACGAGGGUGACCGCCGUCCCAGCCUGCCGCUCCCCAACAGCCGGCCUAUGCCUUCGCAGUCCCCCUACUCCCUGCCCUCGCUGCAGCAGCACCACCCGGAUGGACCAAUGUAUACCUCCUCGCCUCCUAGCCUGCCUAGCAUCGCAGCAACCACCCAGUCACCCUCGCAAUAUCUCACUGCAACGACCAACCGUCUGCAGCCUAUCAACUCAUGGCUCCCAUCACGUCCAUCCGUACCUCCACCUCCAUACUCUCAGUCGUUGCCUCCCAUCAAUGCCUCUGCUCAGAACGGCAUGCCAGUUCUCCCACCCCCGGGCUCUGUCACUCAGCUCGCACCUUCGCCUCCCUUGACUUCCACCGAGGGACCCGACACGAGUCUGCUUUCUACCAGCUUGGGCGGUGACGAUGUGCUCGCCUUCUUGGAUGGCUGCGAGUGGGCACAGUUGUCGCAGACGGCUCCCUCCGAGGUGGGCAUUCCUACUGGCUGGCUGAGCACUGUCUGGACACAGUUCACUCGGUAGGUGUACGCUUUCCGUGGAUGACCUUGUACUAUUAUAUUUCACGACUUUCCUUGACCUGUUUUUUUCUUACCUAUUCCGUCCUGCCUUCCUACCUCACCUAUACCUCUUUCUUCCUGUCCACCUACUUUCUUACCGCUCUUCCUCUCUCUCUAUCUACAAUCGCGGGCGACUUUCCUCAAAAACGUGCAGGGCGGAUAGGUUUUCUUUGGCUUGGGCCAUUUUGAUGGGCUGGAUACGAGUGAACUGGAUUGGAUCGGAUCGGAGCGUGCUGUGAUUGACUUCUGAGAGCCUGUUUUCUUUUUUCCUGUUAUUCGUUGCUGGGUAUCGCAUUUUGUAUCCCGAAGCCGACCCUGAACCGAGUUAUUGUUUUUUGGGAUGUGAUUAUGAGCCAUGGCGUUAUGUCGAGUGUGUAUCCUUUUGUCUUUUGGAUCUGGUUUCGGUGCUUUCAGCCUGUGUUUUGAGCUGUGAGCCAUUUUUAUCGUUGUGUGUCUUUCAAUUGAUACAAGCCGUUCACAUCGGUGUUACCACAAUACUUUCUUUUUUUUCUUAUAGUUGUGAGUCCUUGGCUUGAACCCUUCUAAGACCCUGGUAGUAUAUCGUUGGAGCCCGUUGAGCUGGAUAAUCUGAUCCCAAGAUUCUAUUCUGUCUUUGAUAUAUCCUACAAAUAUUGUAAGGCUAGCUAGAAGUAGAUAAACCACGGAAAGGAUUACCCCAGUGAAUCAAAUAUUCACCAAUUGCUGGCAAAGCCACGGAUACGAGCGAGAAUCUCUAAACCGAGAAUAUAUCCUUGGCCUUAGGCUGGGCCUGCAUCUGAAGAUUUCCCCUAUCACAAACUAACAAAAGUGGGGG